AUGGGUCGUCGUAAAAUUGAAAUUGCAGCAGUGAAGGAUCCUAACACGAGGCAAGUCACUUUUUCUAAGCGUCGAACAGGUUUAUUCAAAAAGGCGAAUGAAUUAUCCGUACUGUGUGGUGCAGAAAUUGCCAUUGUUGUCUUCUCAAUUGGAAACAGACCUUACUCUUUUGGGCACCCUGGUGUUGAUGUUGUUGCAGCCAAGUUUCUCGAACAGGAAAUCGAAUCCAAUGAUGUCGAACAAAACAACGUUGAAGUUGGUGACAUGGAUGUCUUGAAUCAACAAUUGCUGGAUAUUGAAGCCCAGAUUCUCGUGGAAGAAAAGAAGGGCGUGGAGCAUGACGAGAGACUAAGACAACACGAAGUGACACAACUCUCUAAGUAUAAGGAAUUACAAGAUUCAUAUUUAGAAUUCCAACGUAGGGUGAAAGAUAAUAUUGAUGCCAUUGAGGUAUCAAAAUGUUUGAUUCAACUUGCCCAAGAACCUGUACUCGAAAUAACAAAACAGGUGAAGAAAAGAAGAAAGAAUUGA